AUGUUUCUUUCUGAUGAAUUCUGUGCCUAUAAAUUUAUUGAAGACACUAAACUUUUGACUCCAGUUAUUGAUCUGAUUUUUGAUAAAGCUGUAGAAGAGCCACAUUUUUGUCCUCUUUAUUCUGAUUUGUGCAAAAAACAGAUCAUUACAAAAUCUCAACGUACUUUUCUUGCUUCUGAUGAGUAUGACAAUAAAGUAAAAGAAUUAACAGAAAAAUUAGAGACUGCAGAUGAUAAGACUCGUGUAUUACUCGAAGAAGAACUCGAAACUCGUCGUUCUAAAGAAAAACGUCGACUUUUGGGGAUUAUAAAAUUUAUUGGACAAUUAUAUCGACAUCAAUUGCUAAUUGAAACGAUUAUCGAUUGGUGUGCUGUUGAAUUAGUGCGUAGAUUCGAAGCGACACAUGAUGAAGUUUAUAUCGAGUAA